AUGCAGCGGUGGCCAGUGCUGCUCUUCCUGGCCUGGGUCUGCUUUCUCUUUUGUGCUGGUAUCGGGCUCUUCAUGAGUGGCUUCCUGCUCACCCGAAUUGUGCUUGCCAGCAGCAGCUCCUGCUCAGACCCACUUGUGCCACCAUCCUGGGAGAGGCAGAGCCUCCCGCCAGGCUCCUGCUGGGCACCUCAGCGCUUUUCCAAGGCUGUGCUUGUCAUUAUUGAUGCCCUCCGUUUUGAGUUUGCCGACUUUAACCCAGACAAGGCCAGCCCCCUGCCCUAUGAGAACAAGCUGAGUUUCCUGCACCACCUCACGACCUCCCAACCCCGCCAUGCCCGUCUCUACCGGUUCCGAGCUGAUGCUCCCACCACCACCAUGCAGCGCAUCAAGGGCCUCACCACCGGCUCACUGCCCACCUUCAUUGAUGUGGGCAGCAACUUUGCCACCUAUGCGAUUGAAGAGGACAACCUGCUGGCACAGCUGGUGCAGAACGGAAGGAGAGUGGUCUUCAUGGGUGAUGACACUUGGGAAGGACUCUUCCCAAAGAAGUUCUUCCGCUCGUAUUUCUUCCCUUCUUUUAACGUGAAGGAUCUUCACACUGUGGACGAUGGGAUCCUGCAGCAUCUCUAUCCAACUGUGGACAGUGGUGCAUGGGAUGUACUGAUUGCUCACUUCCUUGGUGUGGACCACUGUGGGCACAAACAUGGACCUGACCACCCUGAAAUGGCUAAGAAGCUCACCCAGAUGAAUGAGAUGCUCAGGUCCUUGGUGAAUCACCUGGGGAAUGACACCCUUCUUCUGGUGGCUGGCGACCAUGGCAUGACAGAGACUGGAGACCAUGGUGGUGACAGUGAGAAGGAAGUGAAUGCAGCGCUGUUUUUGUAUAGCAAAACACCCCUCUUUGGCACUGUCCCUCCAGAGGAGCCUGAGGCUGUUCCACAGGUGAACCUGGUGCCCACUGUGGCCCUACUGCUGGGUGUGCCCAUCCCCUACAGUAGCAUUGGAGAGGUGAUGGCUGAGCUGUUCUCCAGGGACAGUGACGCUGUGUCUGCAGCCUUGCAGCAGCUCUGGGUCUAUCACAUCAAUGCCAAGCAGGUGGACCGCUUCUUGCACUCCUACUCACUUGUGGCUCAGGACCUGCCAACAGAGCAGCUCCAGCGCCUGCAGGAGCUUUUCUCCAGUGCUGUGGAGGAGCACACCCAGCUCUUGGCCCAGGUGCAGGGGUCAGCGCUGGUGUCUCCAGAGCUGGAGUCCAGGCUGGGAAGCCUCAUUGGUCGCUUCCAGCUGUACCUGCGGGAGGCACGGGCUGUGUGCACGCAGUCCUGGGCCCGCUUCCAUCCCUUGCGUAUGGUGGGGGGCUGCGCUCUUAUCGCUGCUUCCUGCUUGCUCUGCUAUGUGGCCUCAGAGCUUACCACAGUGUCGGACUCUUUCUAUCGCAGCUGUCUCCUGUACCCGCUGCGCUGGGGCCUUGUAGUGGCUGUUCUGCUUGGGCUGGCCCAUGCAUUCACCCAGGAGGGGCUGGAUCUCCUCCUGGUGUCAUCAUGUGCAGCUGCUGCUUCUCAGAUGGUUUUUUUCUGGCACUGGUGGGGCCAGCAUCCCAGGAGAGCCCAUUUGGCAGGCAGUCAGCCACCCCUGGCCAGCACUGGCCUGAGGCAGAGGCUGCGAGCAUGGCUGGGGCUGGCAUUUCCUAUGGGCAUUCUGCUCUUCCGCUGUGGAGCCAUGUUUUCAGACAGCUUUGUGGUGGCCGAAGCCCGAGUGGCCCCAUUCCUACUGGCCUCACUUGUGAUGCUGCUAAUAGGGAAGCUCCACUGGGACGGUCGCCUGACACUGCCGGAAGGCCCCAGGCAGCAGCUCCUUGGCUAUUCAUCUUACCGGAGAGAGAUCUCGUACCUGCUGUGCCUCGUGGCCAUGCUCUUGGUUUGCGUGCGCCUCUCCAGUUUCUUCCACCAGUGCCGUGAAGAAAUCCCUCAGUGUCGGCCCUCUCUUUUCCUCUCCCCUCUUGCCAGCCUGAGAAACACACGGGCCAAGAACCUUUUCUACCUCCUGUGCGUGGCCCUGCUGGCUGGGCUGGUCUAUGCAGUGCGGAGCUGGCUGCGACACUACGGUAACCUCAACAGCUCAGACCCCCUUGUACUCUUUGUGCGCUGGGGUUUCCCACUGGUGGUCCUCUGCAUUGCCUGCUACUGGGCUGUGGCCUCCAGUACUGACGACUCUCUUGGCAAGCUGCAGGAGCUGGUGCAGGUGGCAGUUGUGGCCUUUCCCUGGGCUGUCUACGGACUAGCAUUUCUAGGGCUGCUGCUCCUGCUGUGCAAUCCCAUGACAGUGUUUGCAAAGGACACGCGGGAGCCGGCAGGAUCCAUCGUCACUCCCUACCUGGGGGUUCCCAAUGCUGAAGUCGACUUCCUUCAAGUCAUCCCUCAGAUAUACAGGAGGAUGCAGGAGUCUCAGAAGAGCCGUCUGGAGCGGGGCAACUGCAAGGCUACCAUUGCAGCAUAUGGGCUGGGCAGUGUGUACUCAGCAACCCUGGUCAUAACGCUCACCUUAUUGGGCUUCCUCUUGAUGCUUCUGCACAGUGAGCGGCUCAGUCUUGCCUUCCUGCUCCUCUUCCUGGAGGCCUUCGUGCUGCUGCAUAUCCAUACACAUGCAAGAGGCCUCGCUGGAGAUGCUGAGCCUUUCUCGGUGCCCUGGUAUGCAGUCAUCUCCUGGCUUCUUGCUGCUUCCCAGUUCUUCUAUUCCACAGGCCACCAGCCCAUCUUCCCAGCCAUCCACUGGAAUGCAGCCUUUGUGGGCUUUCACCUUGAUCACAGCACGAACGUCCUGCCUGCUGUCUUGGUGGGCGCCAACACCUUUGCGUCCCAUAUCCUCUUUGCAGUCGGCUGCCCCCUGCUCCUGCUUUGGCCCUUUUUGUGUGAGAUGCCCAGCUCGCAGAGGAGGAAGCCCAAGAAAGAGCCCCGGCAGGAGCUGCAGGAGGUGGAGGAGCAUAUGAUGGAGAUGAGGCUGCGGGAGUCCCCAGAGAAGUUCUCUGCUGCUCUGCUGCAGCUGGGACUGAAGUACCUCUUUGUCCUUGGGACACAGCUUCUGGCCUGUGUUUGUGCAGCUAUGAUCCUCAGGAGGCACCUCAUGGUCUGGAAGGUCUUUGCCCCAAAGUUCCUCUUCGAGUCACUGGGCUUUGUGGUGAGCAGCAUCUGCCUGCUGCUGGGGAUCUCCCUGGUGAUGCAUGUAGACUGUGCUGUCAGCACCUGGUUCAGCCAGCUUCGACUCAGGUAGCAUUGGAGACGUGGGGACCCUGACG